CUCAUACCGUUUUGAUUCAUUUAGUCGCCCCGGGUGGCACGGUGCCGGAGCGCGCAGCGGGAGGGCGCAUUGUGUGUAUGCAAACCGGACGCCAUGGCCAUUGUACGCGCUCUGGCAUAUAUGGUGGCACGGUUGGCUGUGAGGAUACAGCCCGUCUGAAGAGUCGGGCGUGUUGUGCUGAGUUUGUCGGACUCUCAGUCCUGAACCGGCCGCUCCUUCGCUAUGAGUUGUCUGGAUGUGAUGUAUCACCAAAGCUAUGGAGCGCACUACCUCCCUGCAGCCGCGUACAAGGCGACCUAUUACAACCACCAACAACAGAAGAAGCUGAGUGUGUACAGCAAGAUGCAGGAGUGUUUGGAGCAGCAGCAAGGAGGAGGGAUGCUGUCCAGAAAUCAGAGCCUUCAACGAGGUCCAGCAGAAUCAGAAAACGAAUCGAGCCGCAGGCACAUGUCUGAUUCGGACCUGAAGGGUGGUACUAGACCGGCGGAAGCUGAGUACCUGAGUUCCCGCUGCGUGUUGUUCACCUACUUUGAGGGGGACAUCAGCGAUGUGGUAGAUGAGCACUUCUCCCGCGCUCUCAGUCAGUCCAGCACCUUCAGCGCCGAGACCAAGCCCAUCCGAGUCACGCAGCCAUCUGCCUCGAGCGUGGCUGGAUUAUGGAAAGAUGGUGCGUCUGUCUCGGAGAGCCAGAACAGCACAGUUUGGAACAACACCUACCCAUCCCAGGCCGGAUCCUGCCUCCCAUCUGUCUCCGUCUCGGUCCACCCAGACUUCCCCCCUAGUCCCGUUUCCUUCCACUCCCCGGAUGGAGCUCUGUGGGCUGGACACGUGCUCUCCCAGGCCACCCUCCCAUCUGCAGCUCCCCUCUCCGACAGCUGGACCUACAGUUUCAACCCUCAGAGCACAAGCGGCUAUGCCAGCAUCCAUGACAUUUACCAUCCUCACACCCACCCCCAUGUCCACACCCGCCCCCACCACCACCCUGUGCUCCAUUCAUACCCGACCCACAGCACAGCACUGGACCCCAGGUUCAGUCCUCUGCUGCUGCCUGGUGUGAGGAAUCAGAACCCGCCAAGCUCCAGUCCAGGCAGCCACGGCUUCCCACACGGUGAUGGGGUGAAGACAGAGGUGGAUCCGAGUGGGAACAGUCCGAUCUCAACAAGCUCUACCACCUGGACCCCAUCAACCCUCCAUGGACCCAUGGAGGUGUACGACUCAGGUCUGGAUCAGACAAAAACAAAGACCUCAGGUUGGUUCUAACUGACAUACUGAUUGGCACCGAAUACAAUGCAGGUUGCAGCACAAAGGACCUCCUGUGUAACUUUAAAUGGAUGUCUACAUCACCGACACUGUAAAGAUAAUGUAGAUAUAGAGUGUAUACUGUAGCUUUGAAAAUGCACUAUACCCACACACAUUAUUAAGGAGGUUAGCUCAGGCGCGGAGGGAUCGAAUGCUUAGGGUGCAGAUCAAGACCUUUGACGAGUCACACAACAGACUCCUAUAUCUCUGUGAAAUGGAAAUGGAAUGGUGCUUUAUAUCGAUAGGUGGAUAACAUCGUUCCGUUUCAUGUGGGACAACAUGGUUCUGUUUCAAGAGCCGGAAUUUCAUCCUUGUUUUGUUUUGUACAGUGUGUGUUAAUGAGUGUAAAUUAGUUUGUGUACAGUUUUGCCACGCUAAGUUGUUAUAAAAUGUUGUCUGAAUGCUACCUUUGCUAUAUAUUGCCUCCAGAAUAGUCCAGUGUCAAUAUCGGUGAUGUGUUUGACUAAUAAAUUGUUAAACUACAAUAA